AUGAAGGUGCAUUGCCUGAUCUGGGCGUUGGUCGCGCUAGCACAAUCCACCCACCUGGCUCCUCUCGAAGCUCUCCGAACGAGCUCACUGCUGGCCCUUGCUUACGCUACCGGCUUGUUCGGCAGCAUCAUCAUCUACCGAACUCUGUUUCACAGCCUUCGCGAAUAUCCAGGUCCUCCCCUUGCGCGCAUUACCAAAUUAUGGCACGUCGUUCAAUGCUUGGAUUCGAAGAAUCAUCUCCUGAUGGAGGAACUGCACAAGAAAUACGGCGACUUCGUCCGCACCGGUCCCAAUGAGCUGACUAUAUUCCAUCCCGAUACUCUCCACACAAUCUACGACGGCAAUAAGAACCCGUUCAGUAAGCCGGCAUGGUACGAUAAUCUUCGGCCUUACACAGGCUUAAACACCCAUCGAAGCAAGUACGUGCAUUCGCAUCGCCGUCGAAUCUGGGACCAGGCGUUUUCUACCAAAGCUCUGCAAUCGUAUCAGAAGCAUGUCAGAACCUAUGGGAAUCAGCUCGAGGAGCUAAUCUCGAAAAACGUGGAGAAGGCUCUUGUUAUCCAUGAGUUCUUCUAUUGGUUCUCCUGGGACGUCAUGGGCGAGCUUGCUUUCUCGAGAUCCUUCGGAAUGCUUCAAAGCCAGAAGUGGCAUCAUGCCAUUGGAAUGCUGCGGAAAGGAUUGGAGCUGGUUGGGCCAUUCACUCCCGUCCCAUGGCUCACUCGUAUCGCGUUCGAUAUACCCAUCCUGCCCACUGUCCGCAAUUUCCUGAAAAUGGAAGAUUGGUGCGCCCGACGCAUGGACGAGCGUAUUAGCGUCUCCAGCUACCUCAUCGGCUGGUCCGCCAAACACGACCGCUUGACCAAAGAUUUGCACACCCUGUACGGGGACUCGAUCGCACUGGUCAUCGCAGGGAGCGAUACCGUGGCGUUCACACUCGUCUACAUCUUCUACUAUCUUGCCAAGUACCCAUCGCAGGUUGAAAAGCUGCGAAAGGAGCAAGAAGGCGUUGAUCUUGAGGACUUCCGCCAACUGCAGGCGCUGCCGCACUUGAACGGCGUUAUCAACGAGGUUCUGCGGCUCCAUCCCGCCGUGCCAACGGGCGGCUUCCGUGAGACGCCUCCCGAAGGCGCUAUGAUCGGAGGCCGAUGGGUACCGGGAAAUACAUUAAUCUGCGCGCCGCGCUGGAUUAUCGGGAGACUCGAAUCGUGCUUCGAGAAGCCACUUGAAUUCGUGCCAGAGCGGUGGUACAGCAAGCCGGAGAUGAUCCGCAAUAAGAAAGCUUUUGCUCCUUUUGCUUUGGGCACCUACUACUGCAUCGGCAAGAAUCUCGCAUACAUGGAAAUGCAAUACGUCGUUUCCUUGCUGGUGUCCAAGUACGACGUCAGAUUGGCGCCGGGGGAGACGGGCAAGCGAGUGGUGGAGGACAUGGUGGACCAGUUUACUGCGGCGCCGGGUAAACUUCAACUGGUGUUUGAGCGGCGCAAGGAAUGA